AUGGCCGUUGCAUCUUCUUACGAUGUCCGACAGGGAACCCUCUCGCACUCUCAGAUACUUCUGCUCCAGCAAAGACUUGUGGCCGAACUGCCUUACACCUUGCCACUUGCAAGGAGGAUUGAAUUCCACCUUGGCCAUCCGAUUUCUCCCACGUCCCGGAUUUUCGUUGCUGCCGCUACUGCUACAGUGAACACAGUAGAUCCAGCAGGACGGAAUAAGGCACAAGACGAAGGUGCUGGUGAUGCUAGUCAUGACUGGCUAGAAUCAUGGCUCCGUGAGGGUUCGGCCCCUGAGACGGCAGCCCCGUGGCUCGCCGCGCACAUCGACCUCAGCAAUCAAGGUCAAACACAAGUAUGGGUCUACGCAAGUUGGGAGCAUCCUGACGUCGGGUAUUUCUCUUCGUCGGUGGCAGACUUACCUCCCGCAGCGGAAGAUACCUCGGCGACGGCUUCCAAGGUAUCCUCGAUUUCUACCACGACUGAUGAUGAAGACGAUCCACUUGCGCAGGCUCAUGAGGAUUUAUUUUCCACCUUGUUCCGCUAUAUCUUGACUCAACUUGUCCCUCAUCAAUCAAGCACUCCCAAUGACGAGUGGCUCGAACUACAGCGGACGGGGAAAUUUCUCUCCGUCCCUUACUCGCGGUCCAAGGCUAUCUUCGGCACGGUCCAUGAAGUCCUGUGGCGGUACUUUGACAAUGCUGCUCGCACGAGGACCGAUCCUGGCUAUCUGAAAUAUGUCUUUAGUUUCCCCAGUCCAGAGUCUGACGGUGCUGCCGGACACGACGACUUGAACCUUCCGGACGGUUACUAUCUUGCGGACAUGCGUCGGGAACAUCUCCAAAUGGUGCUCGACAGAACCCCAAUCCCCCGAACACUGAAUACACUGAUCCAGAUGGAGUCUGUGGGUCUGUUCUUCAAGGACAACCCGACACCGAUCGGUUGGGGCUUCCUCUCCAAGGAUGGUAGCAUCUCAAGUCUUCAUACAGAAGUGGAGCAUCGAGGUAAGAAUCUUGCUGUAACGGUGGGAAAGGCGUUGUUGUUGAAAGGUAGUCGGACUUCACUAAGCAGGCUGGGUGUCUACUACGGCCAUGCGGACUCCUCGCAGGUCAACAUCCCGAGUCGUAGGGUCAUGGAGAAGAUUGGUGGGCUUCCAAGGUGGAGAAUCUCGUGGACGGAAAUCGAUCUGGAUAUCUGGUCGCAGAUGAAGAGCGAGCAGUGA